AGAGUUACCAAGCAAGCAUAUUGUGCUCCGAGCAUUUACAGUCCCUGUCAAUACGGUCCAGUGCUGGUAAUUCCAUUCUUGUAACUUUGGGCCACCAGGCAUAGCUUACGUGGGGACUGCGUUGAUGCUUUAUACGACCUUAAACGCUUAGUUGUUGCGAAAAUUGAGCCAGGAUGAGCUUGCCUUGUAGCUUGUCGCAGCGGCCUGCCGGCCUGUCACGCAAGCCAGCGAUGGGUUUGCCAGCGCGUCUCGUCGCCAUCCCUUUCCAGGCUGCUCUGCGUCGGGGUUCCAAAGUCCGCAUUAGCAGGGCGCCGCGGCUGCCUGCGCUACCCGCUAGCAACUCAAGUUCGCCAAAGGGUGCGGACGAGUCAGUGGAUUGGACGCGCCGGGGUGUUCCAGUCUACCUGCAGAGCAGCGUGGAAAUCGACGUUUGCGAUGAGGAGUCGCAGGCGCUGACCAUGGGCAUGGCUGGCGACCUGCUUUGGAACGCAAUCCGCUCCGAGGCCCAGGCCGACGCCGCCACCGAGCCGCUGCUAUCCUCCUUCCUCUACGCCUCCAUCCUCGCACACGACUCCUUCGAGCUCUCCCUCGCCUUCGUGCUCGCCAACCGCCUGGCCAACAGCACCAUGCUGCCCACGCAGCUGUUUGAGAUCUUCCACGGCGUGCUGCGCUCCGAGCCCGAGGUGCGCUGCGCCGCGCUGUCCGACAUGGCCGCCUGCCGCGAGCGCGACCCCGCCUGCACCUCCUACUCGCAUGCGCUGUUGUACUACAAGGGCUACCACGCGCUGCAGACGCACCGAGUGGCGCAUGCGCUGUGGGGGCGGCAGCAGCGGGUCAUGGCGCUGGCACUGCAGUCCCGCAUCUCCGAGGUGUUUGCGGUGGACAUCCACCCCGCUGCGCGCAUCGGCAAGGGGGUGCUGUUGGACCACGGCACGGGGGUGGUGAUCGGCGAGACGGCGGUCAUCGGGAACAACGUGUCCAUUUUGCAGAACGUCACGCUGGGAGGCACGGGCAAGGAGAUCGGCGACCGACACCCCAAGGUUGGCGACAACGUGUUGAUCGGCGCCUGCGCCACCAUCCUGGGCAACAUCUCCAUCGGCAAGGGCGCGCAGAUCGCCGCGGGCAGUCUGGUGCUCAAGCCCGUGCCGCCGCACACGCUGGUUGCGGGGUCGCCGGCCAAGGAGGUGGGGCCGGUGGCGGGCAACCCCGCGCUGUCCAUGCGGCACUGGAGUAAGCGGC